AUGACACAAAUCAUCUGGUUGAGCUUUCUGCUUUGUAUUGUUUUGGCUGAGAAUGGAACUAUCUCUCUACUAAAUCUCGACAUCGAUGACAUUACAUGGGAUGACUGUAGCAAUGGGUACUUCUCAACUAGUUUCAACAUCCUUGAUAAUAGCAAUUUGGAAUCGAUUCUGGAUUCAGGCAUGGAUAUUCAUAACAACGAACUAGAAAAUUCUGUUGGGAAUUUGCAGGAUAGCAUUUUAUCUGAUUUUUCGCACUUUGAUUUUACUGAUUUGUGGAAAAGUGAGCAUAGAAGCAAUGAGGAUUCGAAAAUCGAAACCGUUCCAAUCACAACAGGAAAUUCUCAGUUGCAAGAAUUGCCGAGAACAGAUGGUGAGAAUAUGCAUAGUAAUAUUUCGGCAAACAUUGAGAAGCCCGACAUAAAAACUGACCUUCUUACUGCAAAACACUUAAAUUUAUUUGUUCUGCAAAGUCCUUCCAUUACAGAUAAGAAAAAUUAUGAAUGUCCCCAUGUCGGAUGUACUAUGAUAAUGAAGAAUUACAAUGAAUACAUAACUCACAGGAAAACGCAUCCCAAACCUUUUAUUUAUGAAUGCAAAGUGUUCGGUUGUAGACGCACAUUCAAUCAUCAAUCAUCAUUCUACAACCAUCAGGAAACACACGGUCCUAAACUUCAGUGCGGAAACUGUGGCAAAAUUUUCAACUCUAAAAAUAAUUUGAGGUCUCACAAGACGCAUUGUACGAAAGCUCCACAUGAGGAAAAUUACGAGUGUUCCUAUGUCGGAUGUACAAUGAAAACAAAGAAUUACAAUGAAUAUAUAGCUCACAGGAAAACGCAUCCUGAACCUUUUAUUUAUGAAUGCAAAGUGUCCGGUUGUGGGUUAGCAUUCAAUAAUCCAUCAUCAUUCUGCAGUCAUCAGCAAACACACGCACCCAGGACUGAGUGCGGAAACUGUGGCAGAAUUUUCAGCUGUAAGAAUAAUCUGAGCACUCACAGGAAGCAUUGCACAAAAACCAUACAUGAGGAAAAUUAUGAGUGCCCCCACGUCGGGUGCACAAUGAAAACGAAGAGUCGCAAAGAAUACACAGCUCACAUUAAAACGCAUCCCAAACCUUUUAUUUAUGAAUGCAGAGUGCCCGGUUGUGGGCGAACAUUCAAUCAUCCAUCAUCAUUCUACAACCAUCAGGAAGCACACGGGCCUAAAGUUCAGUGCGAAAAAUGUGGCAAAAUUUUCAUCUAUAAGGGAAAUCUGAGAUCUCACAGGCAGCGAUGUAUGAAAACUCCACGAGUGAAAGAAGAGAUACAUAAUUCUAGUAUACAUUGGGAGUGA